UCGAACCGUAACCUAUCGUCCACCAUAGAAAAGCUAUUAUGAGACGAUACCGCUGACCAUGCGUGGUGCUGCUGACUAUACGAUCCCACAAGAAAGGCCCAUGGCUUACUACAUCUAGGAAUCCAUGGACUUUACUAAUGGGUGAGCGUCACUCUCGAGCAAUAUGAGACACUCGCACCCAUGAUAUAGUACCAGUAUCAAAAACACCUGGUCUUGUAUUAACUCACAUCCUCACUUCUCGCCAACCCCAACUUAUCCUCCCAACAAGUACAUGAUAAGAGUUUGACUGAUUAGCCAUGGUCUCAAGUUUUCGCGCUCUCUACAUUUCCGAGAUUCUUUCAGAAAUCACAUCCCAGCUAGAGGAUGAUAGGCAGUCCCUUUCAUGUCUUGCACGUUGUUGCAAGGCAUUCUCAGACCAAGCUUUGGAUAUCCUGUGGAAACGGAUGAGCCUUUUCUGUCCUUUCAUUCCCCUUCUGCCCCCAAAAGUUUUAACACUUUGGGUGGAAUACCAGUUCAGCGCAGAGAGUAUCGCAGGCUUUCAAUGUCCCCCUAUGCAUGAGUGGCGAGCGUUUGAUGCUUAUGCUAGGCGUGUGCGGAUUUUAUACAGCGGCGCCUCGCACUUCCUCGCAGGUGUGGCCACCAUCCGAGCAGACUUUAACGUCUUCCCCUUCCUUCGAUCCAUAACGAUGCAGCUUCAGGAACCUAUACAGCCCGGGAUCCGGCUGUUUCCCGAAACACUACAAAGGUUGCAAAUUUCGGGCCCCGCAUACAUCAACUGCAAAGAUUCCUGUAUCCAAACUGCUCUUGCGCACGCAGCGCGCGAUGCACCCUUCCUGAAACAUCUGCACGUCGAAGACUACAGCUACAACAGUGACCGCCUGGACACGCCACCCCUGCAUUUCAAACACUUGCGAAGCGCCGAGAUAUCCUCAUUCAUCAGCUCUAAUGUCCUUGGAUCAUUAUGUCGUGUGCUUUCGCAAUCACCCGUGAUCGAGCUCAAGAUCGAGCUUCCUCCUACUAGCUGUAUAUGGGAUACUCCACAAUCCCUCUUUCCACAUCUGGAGAAGCUGGAGAUAGGCGGCACCCCUGCGCUUGCGGAAGCCUUCAUCACGAAUGUUUCUAGUCCGUGUGUCCGCUCGCUGACUGUCAAGCACAGUCGUGGGCCCGCACGACUGACAGACUGCAGCCGGUUAUUCUCUACCAUCGUAAAGAAGUACAGCUCAUCACUGCAGUCGCUAUCUCUCACAAUCAGCCGCUCGCCAGUACUCCAUAAUCACGAUGGCGUGGCGCAUGAUAUAAUGGAUGCGCUGUUCCCUUUGAUGCCGAACUUCGAGCACUUGGAGGAACUUCAUUUAUCAUUGCCCAGUGCAACUCAAGUUGACGACUACCCUGCUGUUGAAGUGUCUGGUUGGCCAGCUCUGAGGCGGGUGGAGUUCAUGGCCACAUGAUGAUUCACAGAAUGAUCACGAGAGGCCUGAAAGCUGGUUUUCUUUCAAUAGUGAAAUGGCCGGACCAUAGAAAUGUUUUGAUCACAUGUAUUUGUAUCUG